UUGCUGGGCAACAACAGUCCUGCCAACUGCCUAGGAGGUGGAGGGAUGCUAAACCUUGGGGCUCUUCUGUGGGCGCAUCCUGGCGAGAUUUCGAGAGUUGAUUGUCUCUACAUCGGGACUGGCUGGCAGUAGCUAAGACUGGGACCUGAAAGAACUGGGUUACUGUGAGCACUGAGGUUGUGAGUGGGAGGGAGGAAGGCACUAUAAACACUGAGUUCUGGACCGGUAGAGAUAGGGUGAAGGAGCACAGUCUGAACCAUGAAGAAGAUCUUCAAGGGCCAUUCGUCUUGGGGCUUUUUGAACUUUAGACAUGCUGAGAACCAAGAACCUCCCAGGUACCUCACUGGAUACACGCCUGUGAAAAAGAUCCACAAAGCUGCAAGCAUAGGGGACAUACCCCAAGUACAGAAGAUGCUCGAAUUUGCGGAUAUUGACGUGAACGUUACAGACCGGAAGAAAAGGACCGCUCUGCAUUAUGCCUGUGCCCAUGGCCAGUCAGAAAUGGUGAGCCUCUUGCUGUGGUACGACUGCAACAUCGAAGCCCGAGACCAAGACGAAAGCACAGCUCUGAUCAAGGCCACACAGCGCCAGCAUGAGAACUGCGUGAAGAUCCUUCUGGAAAAUGGUGCCAACGCCAACGCCAUCGAUGCUUAUCAGAACACCGCCCUCCACUACACAGUCUACAACAACGACACCGCCAUAGCCGCCAAGCUUCUGGCGUUCAAUGCAGACACUGAAAUGAAGAAAAAGAAUGGCUACACACCACUUAUACUUGCGGUACUAGAAAACAAACAGGAGAUGGUGGAACUCUUACUGCAGGCUGCAGCUGACAUAAAUGCCCUGGAUAACUGCAAGAGGUCGGCCCUUAUACAUGCUGUGAGAACUCAGUCUAAAAACAUGGUCAGCCUUCUUCUCCAGCAAGGCGCCGAUGCCUCUUUGGUGGACAUCUAUGGAGCCACUGCACAGAGUUAUGCUGUUUUUGAAACCUUUCAAGUGCUUUCCCAAGGCCAGGGUCCCAGAUGUCCUGAGUUGACAACAAAAGAGGACAGACACAGUUUUGACACCAAGGAUGGCCUCAUACCAUGUUCUCACCCCACCACGGAUGACAACCAAAGGACGGAGGAAAACAUAGAUGCAGUUGACAAGCUUGGGAGCCAAACUUCUUCAAAACACAAAGAGAAAGAACUUCAAAUUUGUGAAGACUGCAAUUCAGAAGCAGAUACAUGUUCUAAAUGCUACUCUAGAACAAGACCUAGUAACUCUGAGCCCAUAGAAGUAGAAGAUGAACCUAGCUUGAGUACCAAGCCUCCUGUGGUCCAGUCUUCCAUGCUCACCGAUUCCAACCUCUGGGUUGGCUACCCAGCAGAUUGGCCUGAACCCAUUAAGUUCUCCAGGCAGUCAGCAGUCUACAACCCAACCGAAUGGAGGGAAGACAUGGAAUCCCGAUCAAUUCCUAUAGAGGAGAGCCAACAGCAGGUGCCAGGCUUGCCAGGAGAGGAGGCAAACACGCAGACACACGAGCUGUGGACCAGGGUUUUCAGGGAGCCUGGUGCCAAUGAUCCUGACCUUCCAGCGAGAGAGAACGCUGAGGAUGAACUGGUGUCACUUUUAGACCCUCUGGAGGAAAAUAAACAACAGAUGAAAGAAUUUCCAGUAACUGAAGCUGUGAAGUUCCAGACAGAUGUCAAGCUGGAGAGACAAGGUGUUUUAGAAUUUGAAGAAAAGGGACUUGAAAUUUGCCAAGACAGCAAUCUAGAAGCAGUUGAAAGUACUGAGUCCUUUUCAAUACCAAGGGUCUCCACCAAACCUGCUGUUAAUGACUCUGAGCCCACAACAAGAAAGGAGGAAUAUAAGUUUGAUACAAAGGACAAGGAUAGGUUAGAGAGACAUCCCCUGGCAGCCAGAGCGUCCCGGCAUCAAGCCAAGCAGCUGAGCCCUCCACCUUCACAACUCCAAGAAAGAGCUCAGGAGCCAGAGAUGGACGCAGUUUCUGAUGAGGAAGAUACAUCUGGACUUUCAAAAUCUGCUAAGGGACAAAUGCUUGGGGGAAAGUUGAUGGAAGGAGAAAAACCGGAGGGCAAAGAAACUGUACAGUGUGUCAUAAACAAGCCAACGAAGAAGGGUGGUGAGAUCUAUGAAGGUGUCAACGCUAAGGAAGAGCGACCACCUGUUGUCUCAGGAAAAGCUCACCUGACUUCAGCCCCCACUAACCUGGCCUACAGUAUGCUUGAUUGUGGCAACAGAGAUGUGAGUGCUGCGCUGGUCUCUGUAGCGCUGCCGACCCUUCCCAGACAGGAGGAAGGUGCCCUUGGAAAUACCUUUCCACCUCCCUCGUCUUCUCAGGUCAUAGAAUACCGUGGCCAGUCACUUACUAAGUUUCCCUUAACGAGAAAUAAAUUAGACUGUGAAAAUAACGCGUCUAAUCUGGAAGAAUCUUUUCAUAAAAGAAAAGAGAAAUCUUCUAAAAAUAUUGAAAGCAGAAAGGUAAAAGGUAAAUGCCCAGAAGUACGCAUGGGUGAAAAGCAAGAAGACCAUGAGUUCAAGAGCCAGUUGCAAAAAACUAUGAAGCCAAAAUGCACCGACUGGCAGUUAGAUACCGGACACAUGCUGAAGUCCAGUGAUGCCAACAGGCUUUCAAACGCCAAAGAGAGGAGCCACGUGAGCGAAGUAAGAAGUUGGAGUGAUUCUACCCUUGUAAGCGAUAUGACCAGGAAAAGUAAAGGCACACAAGACUUGUCCCUGAAGCCUCUGCCCUGCAAGGGUGAUUGUGAAGCCCCAGCGCGCACCAUGGGAACGGCCCGUGAUGCGCCCCCUGGUGGUCGGACAACACGAGCUUUCGAGGAUGAAGAACUGCAAAACAGGCUGUCUGACAGUGAGUUCCGGAUACUGGAGGAAGAGAUCCUGGCCUGGGAGAAAGUCCAUCUUGAAAAGGAGAGUAUCUCUGAGAAUCUGCUAAACAAGUGUGAGGGGAUUAUAUCUGAUGCCACAGCUCAACAAGGGCAAAAUCUAGAAAUGGAACAGGCAGCAGAAGUGGACUCUGAGGGGACAUCACAGCUGGAACCAAAGAGUCUUGACAGCAGUGAAACUCCUCAGCCGUCGGAUCCAGACCUCUCGAAGACGUGCCCCCAAACACAGAACACACCUGCAGAUCCAACUGCGCCAAUCCAUCCCCUAUCUGAGAAGGAGAGCAAGCAAAUUCACCCCCCACCUUUGCAUCUGAAAAAAAUGUCUGAAGAUCUCGAAAUAAACAAGACAUAUGACAAAGAAUGUGCACCGGGACAUCCCAAAGCGCCCUCAGUGGAAGCGCAUGGGAGAGAGUCUCUUACUCGAGACACGUCAGGGAAUGACAGAGAAGCAAACCUAAGGACCCAAAGCAAGCAAAAGCAGCACCCGGCUGGGGAUGUGCUGGGAAGCAUCUGUCCUGUGGAAGAACCACUUCCGGCUAACUGUAGAACAGCUCACUUCCAGGUGGAAGAACCACUUCCGGCUAACUGUAGAACAGCUCACUUCCAGGUUGAAGAAAUAAGUAAGAAGCAGUGGAGUUCGGAAUCGGAAGUCGAGGAGAGCCUGCGCCUUAUGGUCACGGAGUGUAAUGACAACCAGUUGAUUUUCAGAAGGAUACGCGGAAUGACUGGGACGCUGUCUCCUGCUGAAGAGAAAGAUGAGCUUGCUAAGAGUGUUCCUGACUCGUGUAUAAAAGAAGAAAAGGACAGCGAAAGCGAAGCAUGGGCCCCCCAGGAGCCUGUGGUCACACCGGUAUUUGAGAAGUCCCCUCCAGAAGCUGCUGGUCAGCUACUGCUGAAGGACCGCCACCUUCUCGCUAAAAUGGAUCCGGUUGAAAGAAGGCUGACAAAGAGAGAAGCUAAAGAAAAGCACAAGACAGAAACCCAAGUAAAAAAAAUGGAAGAAGCUAGCUGUGGAAAUGAACCUUGUGCGACAGCCUCAGACCAGGUGUUCUGUCCUCCGCAAGCCUCGGCUCACCAGAUUCACCUUCCUCACCAGAGAAUCCAGACGGUUCCACAUGAGUUCCCUUCUUCUUGUUUUAUGGCCUGGACCCUCUCUUCACAGGGAGACAUGGUGCUGGGAAACCCUUUCAUCUGUUUUCUUUUCAUUAUAGGCUCUAGCAGCCAGUUGAAGUCCUGGGAUACGGCUCACUCAGAUAAAAGACUGAUAGAGCUGAAGAAGAGUCACUGUGAACUGCUUAAAAGAAAACCUGGGGAAAUGAAAAACAAGGCUAGUGAAGUGCAGAGAGAACAGACAGAAAUUAAAAACACAAAACCCCGGUCACAGCAUAAAGAAGUGGCAUGGGAUGAGCUCUGCGCUCUGAGCUUCCCCUUAAAACAAAAUGAGAAACAAGAAAAUGGUGAGUUUUUGUUUCAACAAAAGAAGCCACAGUUACGAAGGGAAAAGGAGCAAUGUGGUGGGAGCGUGGAGUGGACUCGGCACCCUGAAAUCAGGACGGUGGUCGCAGAACUGAAGGCCCUAGAAAAGGAUUUGAGACAGUUGCAGGAAGCACAAGAUGAGCUUGCACAGACGGCACAGAGUUCUGAGAAGAUUCGAGGCAUCUUGCAAAGGCUUGAAGUUCGAUUUUCCAAAUUAAAACUUACACUGAAAGAGCAAUCAGCAAAAAUUGAACAAGUUCAGAAUCAUCUACUGCACGAGGGUUUGCUCGGAGAUGAAACAAAGAAACUCAUCCUUCAAACACAGUCUCUAGAAUGUACUUUGGAAAAACAGACAAAUAAAAAUGAGGAAUUACUGACAGAACUAACGAGAUUUAAGAAACUCUUUGAGGAGACAAAAAAGAAGUUAAAUAAACAUGAAGGCAGAGAGCUUGGUGGUCCUGGAGAUUUAAAAACCAGCCAAUUUGAUAUGUAUAUUCCAAUCAAUAUGCUGAGGCAUGAGUUCCACAAUCUGAAAGAAAGUUGGGAGACGACAUAUUACAAAUACCUACACAUGGUUGUAAAACUUCAGUUUAUUGAGCAGGAGCUAAUAGCGAUAAAAACAGAACAGAAGAAGUGUGGACACCUGCUCAAGGACCAGAAGAACUUGGAAAAAGAAGUGCUCCACUUGAAAAGCUGGAUGCAGGAGAGCAAGACCCAAGCAAGAGAUCAAAACAACAUCAAAAUUUUAAGAGACACAAACGAUGCAGCAAUGAUGAGCCAGAUGGAUCUCAGAAUUAAAAACCUGGAAUCUCAGCUAGCCACGAGGGGAGCUCAGCAACGUGUCCAUGGAGGAGGGAUGCCAAAACACAAGCACCACCAUGCAGAAGAGGGUAGCCUGACCCAGCCAGUGAGAACAGAGCUGGGUGAGCAAGCCAAACAGAGUCCAAGGAAAUAGUGGAGCUCGUUGGUUUGUCUCGGCUGCAGGGUGCAGAUCUCACAGCUGACUCGGAACUGGAAAAUGGAUGUGCACUUGAACUGCUGUUCGGGGAGGCCUUGGCUUCUCCCCCUUUUCAGUCUGGAUUUCUGUGGCCUUUUGCCCCCGAAUACUCUCAUGUAGCUAACCUGAUCCAUUAGUCUUUUAGAUUAGAUUCUAAAGCUUUCUAAGUAUGGCCUUUAUAUCUUACAAACUACUUCUCCAUUUUAUUAAAUAGAAAUGUUAGCACAUGUAA